GUGGCGCACGGAUACACUCGCCGCGGUGCUCCGCCCCCGCUGCCGCCAUUUCGCCUCGGGCUCUUGAGACCGAGGCGGUUUCCAGCUGCCGCUGUUGCUGCUGCUUCGUCUUCCUCCCUCUACUUCCAUAGCCUCCACUACAACAUUCCCUCACGGAACUUUUCAAAUAAUCUUUGGUGACAAGGAACUUUCAACGAAAGAUGUCCUUACAUGCCGACCUGAUGGAGUUGGACAUGGCGGUGGAUCCUGACCGUAAGGUCCAGGUGAGCCAGUGGCAGCAGCAGUCCUACCUGGACUCUGGCAUCCACUCCGGGGCAGUCACACGCACUCAGUCACUGAACGGCAAGCACCUGGAGGACGAGCAAGCCGACUCGGCACUGGGCUUUGAGUGGGAGCAGGGCUUCCAGCACCAGGGCUUCAAUGCCAGACAGGUUGCCGAGGUGGAGACAUCGUAUGCGGCGACGCGUGCCCACCGCGUGCGCGGGGCGCUGUUCCCUGAGACGCUGGAGGAAGGUGUGCAGGUGAUGCCCACGCAGUUCGACGGGAACCACCCGACCAACGUGCAGCGCCUCGCCGAGCCCGCCCAGAUGCUCAAGAGCGCCGUCGUCAAUCUCAUCAACUACCAGGACGACGCCGACUUAGCGACACGUGCCAUCCCUGAGCUCACCAAGCUGCUCAACGAUGAGGACCAGGUGGUGGUGGGCCAGGCAGCCAUGAUGGUGCACCAGCUGACGCAGAAAGACGCGGCGCGUCUCUCCAUCAUCAACUCGCCACCGCUAGUGGCUGCACUCGUGCGUGCCAUGCAGAACACGGGCGACGUAGACACGGCACGCCACACUGCUGGCACACUGCACAGCCUCUCCCACCACCAGCAGGGCCUGCUCACCAUCUUCAAGUCUGGUGGCAUCCCUGCCCUUGUCAAGAUGCUCAGCUCUCCCGUGGAAUCGGUUGUGUUCUAUGCCAUCACCACACUGCACAACUUGCUGCUGCACCAAGAGGGCAGCAAAAUGGCCGUGCGCCUGGCUGGUGGCCUGCAGAAGAUGGUGGCGCUGCUUAACCGCACAAACGUCAAGUUUCUGGCCAUCACCACAGACUGCCUUCAGAUCCUCGCCUACGGCAACCAGGAGAGUAAGCUCAUCAUCCUGGCAAGCGGCGGCCCUGCGGCGCUGGUGCAGAUCAUGCGCACGUACAACUAUGAGAAGCUGCUUUGGACCACGUCACGUGUGAUCAAGGUCCUCUCGGUGUGUUCCAGCAACAAGCCAGCCAUCGUCGAGGCUGGAGGCAUGCAGGCUUUGGCUCUGCACCUGUCCCAUCCAAGCCAGCGCCUGGUCCAGAACUCCCUGUGGACUCUUCGCAACCUUUCCGAUGCUGCUACUAAGCAGGACAACAUGGAUGGGCUGCUCCAGAUGUUGGUCCAGGCGCUGGACUCCAGUGACCUGAAUGUGGUGACAUGUGCUGCGGGCAUCCUCUCCAAUCUUACCUGCAACAACUACAAGAACAAGCUCAUGGCCUGCCAGAUGGGUGGCAUCGAGGUGCUGGUAAAGACCCUGAUGCAGGCUGGCGACCGUGAGGACAUCACAGAACCGGCUGUCUGUGCUCUGCGCCACCUCACCAGCCGCCACCCCGAGGCCGAGAUGGCCCAGAAUGCCGUGCGCCUGCACUAUGGGCUACCUGUUGUGGUGAAGCUGCUGCAGCCGCCCUCACACUGGCCGCUCAUCAAGGCCGACGUGGGGCUCAUACGCAACUUGGCGCUGUGCCCUGCCAACCACGCGCCCCUGCGUGAGCAGGGCGUGCUGGAGCGGCUGGUUCAGCUGUUGGUGCGGGCGCACCAGGACACGCAGCGUCAUACCAUGGGAACCAUGCAGCAGUCGCAGCCGGAUGGCAUCCGUAUGGAGGAGAUAGUGGAGGGUUGCACUGGUGCUCUGCAGAUCCUGGCACGAGAUGCUGCCAACCGUGAAGUUAUCUACAGCCUCAAUGUCAUCCCCGUUUUUGUGCAGCUGCUGUACUCGAACAACGAGAAUGUGCAGCGCGUGGCGACAGGGGUUCUGUGCGAGAUGGCGCAGGACAAGGAGGCGGCCGAUGCCAUCGAGCGGGAGGGCGCGACGCCCGUUCUCACCGAGCUACUGCACUCGCGCAACGAGGGCGUAGCGACAUAUGCGGCAGCUGUGCUGUUCCGCCUGUCGGAGGACAAACCCCAGGACUUCCGUAAGCGCCUAUCGGUGGAACUCACAAGCUCUCUGUUCCGCCAUGACCCAAAUUCCUGGCACGAGGGAGGUGACAUGCAGAUGGACAUGCUUCCUCCUGGAGACCCAAUGGCCUAUCAUCCAGAAGACACUGGCUUUGGGCCAUACCACUUGAGCCCUGGCUUUGGGGGUGCGGAACUGUCAGGUGUGGAACCCAUGCUGGAGCACGCAGUUGCUGACUUUGGGGUGGAACCUCUGCCAGACCUGAGGCACCACACUCAGGACUUGAACUUCGGGCUCCCUCCACCCCCUGACAACAGCCAGCUUUCCUGGUUCGAUACGGACCUCUAGCCUGAGCAAGCAGAGGUGGAAACUCAAAAGAAGGCCCUUAAGAAACUGUUGCCGAUGAAGGAACAAAGCAAGUGAACUGAAGGGUGUAGAGGCAAUGAGUUGGGAAGAAGUCGAAGGAAGUGCCUGAUAUUCAAGAAAUGAUUGUUUCGGACAAUUUUGUACAAUGGUGUACUUUGGCUGAAAUGUAGGUGGUAAAGGGGAAGAGGGUUGGCCUUCUUACAUGGUGGCUAUUUCAUUGAUAUACUGUAAGCUUUUAAUUGAGACUAGUUUAUUAUGUAGCUCGUGUUUUUUAACUGGGUAUUUUACUUGUAUUUUUAGGUCAUAAAGACUUUAGUGUAAUUUUGUAUUACAUUUGAAUAAAAUAUCUUUGUAGCAUUAACAUACACAAAAGUAAAAUGAACAAUUCUGAUAGAAAUCGAUAUUCAUGGACUUUUUCGUUCCUUUUUACUUAUGACGCUUGGUUUUUAGGUGUAGAGGUGCCAAAAUAAUCUUUUGCAUGACCUUUUUUUAAAAAUCAUUCUCUGUAUACCUGCAGUUGGUUUGACACUAAUUGAUGAACAUUUUUUUGUAAAACGAGCAUUCCAGUAUUAAACAAUAAAGAAUAGUUGUAGCUCUGA